GUAGUGGUAGUGGAGUAUAAACGUAAAGCCUCUUUACCAAAGAUGUUCACUUCUCCCAGUAGUACUGCAGCAAGAACCUGCUUUUUCAUCAUCAAGGCUUGUCACUGCUUCCUCAAGUGAUCCACUCAACCAUUCCAUUUCCAUCUUAUAUACCUCUCUCGCACCCAUCUCCUUAGUUGCAACGUCUACACUAACCACAAACAUAACCAACCUCCUUCUCUUUUCCUUCUCAAAAUGAACCACCCAUUCAUCACCCUCUUAGUUAUUGGACUCAUCGUUUCCAUACCCAGUAGUACUAGUAGUAGUAGUAGUACUAAUUACAGUAACAACCAGUCACAGUUUUUUUCUCUGAUGAAAGUCUCUCUCUCAGGAAAACACCCUCUAAAUUGGGAUGUUGAGAAACCUGUCUGCAGCUUCACAGGAGUUACCUGCAACACUGAGGGUGACGUCAUCAAUCUUGACCUUUCAGGUUGGUCUUCACUUUCUGGAAAGUUCCCUUCAGAUAUAUGCACUUAUCUCCCAGAGUUGCGUGUUCUACGCCUUGGCCACAACAGGUUCAAGUUCCUCACAGACACAAUUCUCAACUGUUCCCACUUGGAAGUGCUUGACAUGAACCGCAUGUACCAAACUGGCACACUCCCAGAUUUCUCUUCUUUGAAAUCUCUUAAGAUUCUCGACUUGUCCUACAACCUCUUCACAGGUGAGUUUCCCAUGUCAGUGUUCAACCUCACCAAUCUUGAAGUUCUUAACUUCAAUGAAAACGGAGGCUUCAACCUGUGGCAGUUACCAACAGAUAUUGACAGGCUGAGAAAUCUUAAGUCUAUGGUGUUAACAACGUGCAUGGUGCAUGGUCAAAUUCCAGCAUCAAUAGGGAACAUAACUACUCUUGUUGAUCUUGAACUGAGUGGGAAUUUCCUCACAGGCCAAAUUCCAAAAGAGCUUGGACUAUUGAAGAAGUUGGAACAGCUUGAGCUCUACUAUAAUCAACACCUUGUUGGUAACAUACCUGAGGAGCUAGGGAAUCUCACAGAGCUAACGGAUUUGGAUAUGUCAGUGAACAAGCUAAGUGGGAGUAUUCCUGCAUCUGUGUGUAGGCUUCCCAGGCUUCAAGUGUUGCAGCUUUACAACAAUAGUCUCACAGGAGAAAUCCCAGGUGCGAUUGAAAACUCAACAACCUUAAAAAUGUUGUCUCUUUAUGACAACUUCCUGAGAGGACAAGUUCCCAAGAAACUGGGACAGCACUCGGGAAUGAUAGUUCUUGAUUUGUCAGAAAACAGUUUAUCUGGUCCGUUGCCAACUGAGGUUUGCAAGGGAGGUAAACUACUCUACUUUCUUGUUUUGGAUAACAUGUUUUCUGGUGAGAUACCUGAGAGUUAUGCAAACUGCAUGGCGCUGUUGAGGUUUAGAGUGAGUAAUAACCGUUUGGAAGGUUCCAUUCCUGAGGGACUUCUUGGUCUACCUCAUGUUUCAAUUAUUGAUUUGAGUAACAAUAAUUUGACUGGUCCAAUUCCUGACAUUAAUGGAAAUUCUAAAAACUUGUCUGAACUGUUUCUGCAAAGGAACAGAAUUUCAGGUGUCAUAACUCCCACAAUCUCUCUAGCUAUUAACCUUGUCAAGAUUGAUUUCAGCUAUAACCUUUUGUCUGGUCCAAUUCCUUCAGAAAUUGGCAACCUUAGAAGGCUUAAUUUGCUUAUGUUGCAAGGGAACAAAUUGAGUUCUUCCAUACCCGGUUCACUCUCUUCAUUGGAGUCUCUCAACCUUCUUGAUCUAUCCAACAACCUUUUAACUGGGAGCAUCCCUGAAAGCCUCUCUGUGUUGCUACCCAAUUCCAUUAACUUCUCACAUAACUUGCUUUCGGGUCCAAUUCCUCCCAAAUUGAUCAAAGGAGGUUUGGUUGAAAGCUUUUCAGGGAAUCCUGGUUUGUGUGUGUUACCUGUGUAUGCUAAUUCAUCGGAUCAAAACUUUCCCAUAUGUUCAAGUGCUUACAAGAGUAGAAGGAUAAACACCAUCUGGGUAGCUGGGGUAUCAGUGGUUUUGAUCUUUAUUGGAGCUGCCUUGUUUCUCAAACGUAGGUGCAGCAACGAGAGAAGUGCAGUGAAACAUGAGGAUACACUGUCUUCAUACUUCUCUUAUGAAGUUAAGAGUUUUCACAAGAUCACUUUUGACCAAAGGGAGAUCAUAGAGUCCUUGGUGGAUAAGAACAUAAUGGGGCAUGGAGGGUCAGGGACAGUGUACAAGAUUGAGUUGAAAAGUGGGGAUAUUGUUGCAGUGAAGAGAUUGUGGAGUCGAAAAUCCAAGGAUUCAGCUCUAGAGGAUCGAUUGUUUGUGGACAAAGCAUUGAAAGCCGAGGUGGAAACUCUGGGCAGCAUAAGACACAAGAACAUAGUGAAACUUUAUUGCUGCUUUUCCAGCUUGGAUUGCAGCUUGUUGGUUUAUGAGUACAUGCCAAAUGGCAAUCUUUGGGAUUCCCUUCACGAAGGUUGGAUCAUUUUGGAUUGGCCUACUCGUUAUAGAAUUGCACUGGGGAUUGCACAGGGUCUAGCAUACCUCCACCAUGAUUUGGUUCUUCCUAUUAUCCACCGAGACAUCAAGUCAACUAAUAUCUUGUUAGAUGUUGAUUACCAGCCCAAGGUAGCAGACUUCGGGAUUGCCAAGGUUUUGCAAGCAAGAGGUGGCAAGGAUUCAACAACAACUGUUAUUGCCGGAACAUAUGGUUACUUAGCCCCAGAACAUGCAUAUUCAUCAAGGGCCACCACCAAGUGUGAUGUCUACAGUUUUGGGGUGAUUUUGAUGGAACUGUUAACUGGGAAGAAGCCAGUGGAGGCAGGAUUUGGAGAGAACAGAAAUAUUGUUUUCUGGGUCUCAAACAAAGUAGAAGGCAAGGAAGGUGCUAGACCAACUGAGGUAUUUGACUCCAGACUAUGUUGUUCAUUCAAAGAUGACAUGAUCAAAGUGUUGCGGAUUGCCAUUCGCUGCACCUACAAAGCCCCUUCAUGUAGACCAACCAUGAAAGAGGUGGUUCAGCUUCUUAUUGAGGCAGAGCCACGCAAUUCCGAUUCUUACAAGUUGUCAACCAAAGACAUAUCAAAUCUCACCGUAACAAAGAAACCAUUUGAAUCAUAAUUUGAGUAGCUUAAAGGAGUAAGACUAAGGAAGAGCAUAUCGACACCUAAGAUAAACAGUCUAUCUCGAUGUAAUUGAGAUGACUUAUUGUAGAGUACAGAACAAAUUACUAUGAUCUUUUUUAUUUUUUUCUAGACAACUAGUUUUGUACUUUGUAGAUUCUAUCUUUGACUAUAGUUUUUUUUUUCUCUCUCUUUUACUGUUUCGAAUUUUGACUUUUGUAAAAAUUUGAAAUCAUAAUGCUGUAUCCAAGCUUUACGGUAAUGUACAACAGUAUCCAUAUUUUAUAGGCCCACACUUGCCAACUUGCUUUGUGGAAUUUUGGUUCUUUCCUCUUCUAUCAACGCUUUUAUUUUGAGCGAUGCAAGAUGGCUCCAAUAAAAGGAGCAUAUGUUGUGAGGACUGGAAGGUUGUGAUUCACACAGAGUUCCCUUUUAAUAUUAUUAAAAGAAAAAUACAAAAUGGGUUCCAGAUUCUGAAUACUAUAUUAUGGCAUUAUUUGUGUGUGGAGGGAGGGGCCCUUUAACAAAGCUCUCUCCACUGGAAGGGAAAAAAAAGAUGAAUGGAAUGAUUGAUUGAUGAGAGCAUCUUGUCUCCAUUUUAGUGAGGGAAAGAGAAGAAAGCAGCAGCAUUUAAGCUUUUCCUUUUUCCUCUUGCUUCCUUUUUUCUAGUAGAGAUUAUUGUUUUGAUAGAAUGAGGCCUAAGGGAAUGGAGAGAGAGGCAUCAAUCAUGUUUAACCGUAGGUAGUGAGCCAUGAACCUCCCACUCACAACUUGAAUGCCCUUUAAUUUAUUAAAAAGGAAUUUUAUUUUUUGAAGUGUCACAUUAGACUGAAAUUGAACCAAUCUCCUAAUUAAAGCUCAAGCAAUAGCAUACUAGGGAACAAAUAAGAGAAAAACUCAUUCAAAAUCACCACAAUAUUUCGAGGAUACAUAUUGAUACAACAACAUCAAAGUGUAAGAGUAACUGAAUGAAGGCUACAAGAAACAUUGGUUUUGUGUGAAGAUCAGGAAGAAAUGAAUAAGGAAGUAACUAUAUAAUGAAACCUUAUGUCAUGCUCUAAAGGCAAAUUAUUAGGAGCACAAAGCAUAAAAUCAUUGGCACAUGGUUGUUACCUUGUAUGCAAAAAUGCAUGCAUAGUCAGUCACACGUGUGUGUACAAACACUAGAACUACAUCACAGUUUCUGUACAUUCAUGUGCUUUAUGAGUGGAUGGCGGGGUCACCCUAGAAGAAUGAGAUUCACGAACGCAAAAAUUCUUUAGGCUUGGUGGAGAACCCAUAAAGCAAAAAAGUUAGAAGGUUCGAUAAGAAGAAUAGUUUUCUUAAACAAAAAGACACAGGGCAUCAACUUCCAAAGCAUGCUUGGCUGUGAGAAGAAGCUAAUUUUAGGACAGGUAUGUUC